AUGAAGUUCGUUGUCUUCGCCCAGUUGGCGGCCGUUGCUGCCCCAGUCAUCGCUGUUGAUCUCGCAGUUCAAGCCGGUCAACAUGUCAUCUACUCUUACCCAGGCCUUACACCCCCCGAGAGCUUGUACAAGCUCACCUCAGAGGGCAAAGUCGGCGGCCUAAUCAUCUUCAAGGAAAAUGUUGAUUCCAACCUGGCAGCCGUCAUGGACAAGUUCCAGGCUCUUUACAAGGCUUCACCGGCCUAUAAUGGCCAUCCCAUGAUUAUCACCACCGACCAAGAGGGAGGCGCUGUCCGUCGUGUUCCCGGCGGUCCAACUCAGUCCGCUCGCCAGAUUGGUGACUCCUCAAACCCCAUGCGAUCAGCCAGCCAGGCCGGACGGGAUGCGGCAGCAGCUUUGAAAGCGCAGCAUAUUAACGGCAACUUGGCCCCAGUUUUGGACAUCUACCGUGAAAAGGGCAACUUCAUCGAUGAAUUUGGCCGUUCAUUCGGCAACAAUACCGAAAUAGUGACCUCGUGUGGUUCAGCCUUCGCCAUUUCGCAGUCUCGUGCUGGCGUAUUGUCGACGGUGAAGCAUUUCCCUGGUCUUGGAGCCGCGAAGAAGGGUGAAAACACGGAUCUGAUUCCUAUCACAAUCGACUUGCCCUUGAGUGAAAUCCGUACUUUUGACGAAGUGCCGUAUCGUACCGCUAUUGGCAACGGGAUCGAUAUGAUCAUGACAUCUUGGGCAGUGUACCCUGCCCUUGAUGCAAAAUAUCCUGCUGGAAUGAGCAGAAAGUGGGCUACAGAUGAGUUGCGAACCCGACUCGGCUACAAAGGUGUCAUCAUUACUGAUGCCAUCGAAGCCGGCUCUCUGAAAAGCUUUGGAAACGAUGGGCAGCGAGGCGUAUUGGCUGCAAAGGCUGGAGUAGAUAUCUUGCUUGCUUCAGGCAGGAAUGCUACGCAAGGAGAGGCUAUUGUUAAAGAGAUCGUGGCGGCCUUGAAGCAGGGUACUCUGUCUAUGACUGAGUUCCAGGAGAGCACGAAGAGAAUUCAGGCUCUCCAAAGCCGUCUUUCAGCAUAA